UACUUGCACUAAAUUACAGGCCCCACCAACUUGAUUCCUCAUUCCUCAUGCAUAUGAUCACAACCUUCACGCACCUGGACUAUUUUCAGGCGGUAAAAUCAGCCAUAUGCCAUCGAUAAGUCUGGUUCUUACUAAAAAUGCCUUUUAGUGUUCCAUACAUCUUUAUGUUACCACGAUCAUAGUUCUAAGCGCCGACGGAGUACAACUGACGUUACGAGCAUCCCAAAAAUCAACCUAUCAUAUCACAAGGCUUCAAAGUUGCUCCGCUCAACUUUACGGAUGCAUACUAGAGUCUUCAGGUCGGUAAUAGGAGGUUUACUUACUUUUGCUUAUAGAAUAGGCAGGAUAUUACCAUGAGCGAUGCAGCUUCUUAAACCAAACCUUCCUUCUUCCCAGUUUAACGGCAGGACAAAAAUAACUUGAGCUCGAGACAAAACUUCAAAGAGUUCAUGCCACUAUUGACAUUUUCAAAGCACUCAAAUUUGACUUGGCAGCCUUCGCCCGUACAGCUCGUGGCGAGUCAAAGUCGAUCCCCUGGUAUUCUAAGGACCAAAGGAAGCGGAUGACUACUCAACCUUAACAAGAUACAGUAGAACAACACAUUAUUUUGCACAUUGGUAUGUCUUCUCUUCUCACUAAUCUACACACUAUCGACAAAACAUAUAUAGAUUGAAUGUUGAUUUUAGUGCCUAGUUCCCAAAUCCACACGAAUCUUAAAUCUUUCGAGUAAGAAAAUGGCGUCUCACAUACUUCGGAACACUCGACUAUACACCCGUCAACUGAAUGAGCAGGAGAUGGACAUACUCGCAGCUUGGCUUGAAACACUUGAUCCCGUUCAACCUGGGGAGGAAGCAGCCGAAGUCACCGUCGUGUUACACUACUCUUUAAGACGGAAUGAUAGAGUAAAUGCAGGAAGUGCAAGUGCCAAGCUCCCACAGGAGACCUCAAGUUUUGGAUCACUUGCCCAUCACUCAAAAUCACGAAUAGUUGCACAAAAUGAAUUCAACAACAACCUUGGCGCCUAUCCAAAGACGACGAGGUCUGAAGGUAACAAUUCUCCUGACUGGAAGCCGAACUCGCGACAGAUCAAAAGUUUCAGGCCCCCUCCGAUUUUGAUACCUGGCAUGUCAAACUUUUCACAGGUCAAACUGUACGAUAAUGUGGAUAGCAUUGACGAACGAAUCUCGCCAGAGAUUAUUAGAGUGCAAACUUCUGGUGAAACUCCAAUCACGGCCAUUCGUACUCACUGUCCUCCGACGGUAUUAUCGGACCAUGUAACCAAUAAUGAUUUUCAGAAUAUCCCAAUCAGUUCCAGUCCUCCAUUAAGGCAAUAUGAGAAGCAGGAUACCAGAGUGGCGAACUGGGUACGGAAUACAUCUUCAAAUUCUUCUUAUCUCGGACAUCAAUCACAAAACUCCUCCAAGAAUGUUCCUAAUGGUCCUCUAUUACCCCUCAAGCCCCAUGACUCUGCGAACGACCCAGCGAUUCUUGCAUUAAUGACCGCAGUUGUAGAAGAGAAAAGGGUUGAAGAGGCCAGGACAUCCCCACGUCUAAUUGGAAGUUCGGAACGCGCCACCUAUGCAUCAUCAUACUCAAGUACGAGCUCUCGGGAGCCAAGGUUGCCUGCUAAUGGUCGACCCAGAGGAUACCCAUAUCUCAAAAGCGACCUGCAUCGAGACACUGGUAGACUUGGGAUCUAUCAAUCCGAUAUAUCACCUGCAUACUCUCAAAAUUAAACAUGCUCGUCGAAAGUAGCGCUAUCAGACUAGUUUGCCGACCGUUAAAAUCAUUGUGGCUUCUCUUCAUUCUCGAAUCUCAUACAGGUUCACAAUUUGCACAUUCUCGUACACAGUGGCAACGUCCAGCCUUUGUACCAAAUCUUCCAAUCUGCGAAAAUUAGCUCUUUGCAACCAAAAGGAUCCCCAACAUGAUCUGUUUCGAAUCAAAGUAUCGAACUGCACACAAUCUACCAAAAAACUUCUCAUUCUCUAUAUGUUGGCAGAAGUUAUCAUCAAAGGAGAGACGGUCAUUGAGUUUCAUAUUUCAGGAUAUUUUGAUGGUGCAUUACUUGUUGUCCGAGAGUACGAAAAUAUUGUGAUACCUCCGCUUCAAUAUCAUUUUCAACUCUUUCUAUAUAUAUCUCUCUCUUUCACAGAUCAGUCUGAUUCUGUUUCUAUAGUUUUCUAUUCAAUUUCAUAUAUGCUACAUACCUACUUCGUUGAAUU